UCGGUUAAUUUGUGACAUCCGCUGUAGUGUGACAAAAAAUCUUUUAUUUACAAUUGAAUCUGUGUCAUAUGAGCAACUUUUCAGUCCUUUUUUAAUUAACAGAAAUGCCUAGCGUAUUUUAUAUUUUAUAAUCUCAUUUUUCAGAACAUGGAGAAAUUGCAUUUGUAUAUUGAUCUGAAGUAUGAGGAUCGUGAACUGUACCUUCAUUGAAUAUUGAUAACCGUCCUUUCCUUUCCCUUAAUUUGGCAUCUGCUAAUGGAACAGAUAUGGAUGACUGGAGCCAAGCUGGAAAUUUUGUCAAUAAACCUGUACGAGGCUGGUUACAUCCAGAUCAAAAAAUUGCUGACACUGGUAUAACAUAUGGUGUUAGAUACAUAGGUUGCCUUGAGGUGAAUACUUCGAUGAAAAGUUUGGAUUUUGAUACAAGAUCACUAAUUGCAAAAGAAAGUAUUAACAGAUUAUGUGAAGUAGCUGGACUGAAAACUGUGGAUAAGAAACGGAAGGUCGAUAAAAGGUUACUGAAAAUGUUAGCUGAUAAACCAAAUAUGGAUCAUGCUGGAGAAAAUGUUAGCUUGACAAUUACUAGUUCAUAUUUAAAUCUUGUUUCCAUGGAAACAGGAGAAGUCAUUGCAUAUCAUGAAAUGCCUAAAAUAUCAUUUGCUUCUGGAGGUGAUGCAGACACUUUGGAUUUUGUUUCCUAUGUUGCCAAAGACCAUCGUUACGGUCGUGCAUGCUUUGUGCUUGAAUGCGGUGGUGGACUUGCUCAAGAUGUGAUCACCACCAUUGGACAAGCAUUUGAACUGCGAUAUAAGCAAUUUCUCAAAAGAGUACCAAGUGUCAGAAAUGAAGGCAAUGAAGCGUAUCAAGCCUCAACAGUUAAUGGUAAUUUAGUCACACCUAGUAGAGAAGAUCCUGAGUAUUACAAUGAUCUUCCCGGAAAAGUUCCUCCAGAUGUGAUUGCAGAUGCUGGAUUUUUAGACAACACAUCUUUGAAAAGCACCAGUCAGGCCAGCCUUGCUGUGAAAGAAAUAAACUCAAAUACUACAUAUCCAGUUCCAUAUGCAACUACGCCAUUGCAAAGAGAAUUUCCCGAGAGUUUAAUCGAUCUCACCGCAAAUUCUAGCAAUGUGUCUGUGUACCGUCGACCAGGACCAGAAUAUGUUAACACUACUGCUGUUAUUUCCAAUGAAAGAUGUAAUGACACAAAUGCAAAGCAGAAAACUGUAAAGCAUGACAUAUUUGAUAUGCAACCAUUUGCUGCUAGUCUAAGUUCCAUUCAAUCUGAAGAAUCACCCAUAGAUUCAUUAUUGAAUACACCAAAUUUCAACACUGUACCAGUUUUGAAUUACAACCAGUUAAAUAAACCUCCUUCUAAAAAAAUGGAAGCUGAAAAGGCUGCUUUAUUAGAAGAACCGUGGUUUCAUGGACCAAUCAGCAGACAAGAGAGUGAGGCACUUGUGGUUAAAGAUGGUGACUUUCUUGUUCGAGAAUCUCAGAGUACACCUGGACAGUAUGUACUGACUGGUAUGCAAAGAUCCAUGAGGAAGCAUCUUCUAUUAGUUGAUCCUGAAGGAAUUAUUAGGACAAAAGAUCAAGUCUUUGACAGUGUGAGUCAUUUGAUCAAACACCAUAGAGACAAUAGUUUGCCAAUUAUAUCUGCUGAAAGUGCACUACUAUUAAGAACUCCAAUUUGUAGAACAGGAUCUACAAGUAAAUCAGUCCAGGUGUGAUAAAUAUGUAAAUAUUGCUUCAAUAUUUAAUUUCAUAUUUCAGAAGUUUUUACUUUUUGACACUGCAUUUAGAAAUGAAUGUGCCUUAAUUUGUUUUAUACAAUUCCUAAUCUCAAUAAUUAGGAAGCUUUUAAUAUUGGAAGAAAUUAAUAAAUAUUCCAAAAUAUUUUUGGCUAUUAUGAUAAAUAUAAAAAGAGAAAUGUAUUAUAUUUUUAAUGUUUCCAUUCAUUGCUGUGUAUGUUGUGUUUACAUCUUAUGCAUUUUGGUUUUUUAUUUGACAUCUUUCUUUGCCUAUUUUCACUGUGACGUAAUGACUCUCGCACAUAAACUUUUAGAUCUAGCCCAAUUGAGACAUGUAAGCUAUACAUUCUUUGUUUUCCAAAAUAACUAAAUAAUAAAGAGCUUUGUAUUAUU